UUUGAUCACACUGUACUUUUAUCUUUGAGGUUUUUAAUCAAAUGUAUUCUUUCUUCUUCAUAUAUGGAAGACUUUGGUCAAUCAAAGGUCAUUUCAGAGAGAGAUAGUGUUCCUAUUGGCUGUUGGGCCAAUGAUUUGCCCUGACAAAGAGGGGAGAGGGAGAGCUGCAGGAAGAGAGCUCACUAUACUUUAAAUUAUUGUAUUUUUUGCAUACUACCCACUGCAGCUUUAAUGCAGAGCUUGUUGUGUUUAUUUACAUAAGUAGACAACUCCAUAUUUUCUCAUUGCUGCUGUAGUUGCUGUGAGAGCUUGUCGAGCCAAGGACAUUGUCAGAACAGCAGGAAAGGAGAUGAGCACCAAGAGGAAGGCCGCGAGUCACUCAAGGGCAGCAAACAGACCACGCAUCAUGAAGUCUAGCGUCUCCAAGGCUGAUUCAGAGAGAGACUCCGGCUUCUCAGAUGCAUGCUCGGAGCACAUGAGCACAAUGGACAACACCGACUCUGAGGAUUCACCCCGUCAUGUUGUACAGCAGGGAGCGCAGGCUUCUGGAUCGGGGCCCCAAUCCUCCCAGCUGGCUGUGGUGGGAGGCUCCUACUCGAGUCUUUCUCCCAUGAUCAUCAUGAACAACGUCCUCCUCAAGCAGCCUACAGAUAAUCCUCCUGCUCUAAAGACCUGGGGGUUUAGUCCCACGGUGGAGGUGGUCCAACCUGUGGUCCAGCAGCCUCAGGUGGUCUUCCUUCAGCCUGUGGUCUCUCGUCAAGCCUCCCCUGCCUCCAAAGAGGCCUCCUCUAGACACAGACGCACUAAGAAGUAUCUUCCAAUCCUGAAAUCCUACCCCAAGAUUGCUCCACAUCCUGGAGACAGCUCCAGUUCCUCAGGGAGAGGAACGGCCUCCUCAUCUUCUUCCUCCAGCAUCUCCUCUUCUUCUUCUUUUUCUUCUUCUUCUUCUUACUCUUCCUCUUCUUCGGGGUCAAAGAGAGGUAGCAGUUUGACCUCCAACCACCGGGAACGCUGUCAGCAAGAGAAGCAGAAGAGAAAGCUGUGUGGUGGUGCUAGGAACUCUGGUUCAACCACUCUCAGUCUUCCUGCCUCCCCCAGCGCCACGUCUCCUCUGCUCCAGAGCCGACUCUCUCUUCCCACAACAGAAACCAGUGCCAGCAGCAGUCCUGCCAGGGAGAGGCCUUCAUCAGCUGUCAGCCAGGCAGAGUUUUCCACCUCUCUGUCUGUUAUUCACACCACUGGCCCUCCUGCACUGACGGUCACCCAGGAGAACAGCUCAUCAGGAGAAUGUAACCACGGUGAGAGUGAUGCUGAUACAAAGCGGAAGCGCUUCUGCAACACUUACAACAUCCUUAGCCAAUCUGGCCUGCUGCACAUUGCACUCUGCACCAAGGAGCUCCUCAGGCAGAACCGGCGCACUCAGAGCGACCUAGACCGCCUAAAAGAACACACAGACCUCUUCCUCCAGGCUCUGUGCAGUGGUGACACCAGCAUCUGCAUUAGGCUGCAGGCCAGCCUUCAGGAGGAAGACAGAGAGAGCGAGAGAGAGAGCUGCUCAGACCUUCUAAAGGCAGAUUAGACCUAGACUAGUGCUAGGCAGUAAUCCUUUAGACUGAGCUGGGGAAAGGAAGGCCAGGGCUCCACAAUACACCCCCACCCCCAGAAUCUGUGCUGUGGCCUACAUUUUGGCUGCCUCAGGGCCCUGACACACCAAACCGACCUCAGAGAAUUAGUGCCGAUAAAGACGUUUUUGUUGCCUCAUGUCUUCUAAAAGUAGCACAUUGGAACUCAUCGUAAGGCUGUAGCUGGUGGCCAGUUGUCCGCCAACGUGCACACAUAUGUUCUGCACCUGUGUGAGAGGUAAGAUUUUAGUCAGCAGUCAGUAUUUUGUAAUCUAGGAAACCUCGUGGAAAGAGAAGCAAAGCAAACUACACUACCAUUUCUUUGCCACAGCAUUUGUGAAAAUAACUCAGCAUUCCUAAUGCUCAGAUUGUGAAUUGGGGUUAUCUGCCAGUGGUCUUCAUCUUGUGGAAAAAUAAAAACUUGAGGUGAAAAACCGGAUGAAACUACACUAAAUCAUUGAAAUCAUAGAUUUGGUCACUCAGCCCUCCUCUCUAAUUGCCUCCGUCACUGAUUCAACAAGCUUAAUCAUCCAUCCAAACAGCCUAGUGCUACACUAGUGCCAUUAGUGAAGGACACACUGCAAAAACUGCGUGCGGUGGUCGUUCACACACUUUUAAGUGCUGCACAGUCACCAGCUGUGGCUUGGUGUGUUAGGGGCCCACAGUCUAACGGAAGGCCAGAGCCACAGCUCCCUGUUCUGCCAUACUGAGCCUGACUAGAUCUAUUCCACUGGAACUGCCUCUCUGUGCACAGAAAUCUUUAACUCAUUGGCAAUCAAGACCCUGAAAGAUUUGAAUCCAAGGCAUGAAUCGGUGAACAUAUACAAAACUUUUUUAAACUGAAAGCACAACACAGGCUCGGAAUCAGAAAACUUGAUUUCAACCCAAAGACUGGAUAUUUAAACUUUUAACAGUGCAUGACGAGGUGUACUCAUCUAAAACUGAAAGACAUCAGCAUACUGCUCAUUGCUUUUAUUUAAUUAGGUUUCAACAGUUUUGCAUCAUUCAUGGUAGUCCUCUAAGCUGUGUCAUUGAUACUGAUGUGUAGCUUAACAGACAUCCAGUUUGUCUAAAUUAUUUCAUGCAGCUGUUACAAUAAUGUAAAAUUGAUGAUUAUAACUGGCUUAUGUCACAUAUAUAGAAUGUGUCCAGGGCCUUUUGCCAGUCAGCAUUUUGUAAAUAGACAAACAUGUGCCUAAAGUUUUUUUUUUUUUUUUUUUUUUUUUUAGUUCCUGCUUCAUUUUUAAACAUGAUGUGAAAGAUUUGGCACACCGCGUUGACUGUUUUAAGUUCAGCUUUCCUUUCAUGUUGGCGGAAGAUGUAAUACAGUGCAAACUAGCUGGAAGUAAAGCUCUGAACAGCCAUUUUGGUAUGUUCCCAAAAACAGCCCAGUGUAACGGCUGCUUCCUAUAGUUCAACCAUAUUCGUUAGUUACUUGUGUACGAGUUCCAUCAUUUGUUUUUGUGUGUUUUUCUAUGUACUCGUGGAUGUAAUUUAAUGUGGAAAUAUUGUCUUAACUUAAGUGCAGACUUUUUCUGUUUUAAGUUCCUGUCAUUAUGUAACUAUUGCAUCGUCCAAAUUAGGAACAGUUGUGGAGUUUUGUGAUGCUUAAUAUAAACUUUUUGUAUACUUAUAAGUUAUGGCCUUAAUAUCCAUCCCAAUGUAUGUCACAGAACUUUGCAUUUGCACUAAAAUAAUCUGAGAGCAGCUCUGAAGUAUUUUCUGGGCAGAAUCUAACGGCAGCUAUGGUAGCUCCUUUGAGGCAGACUGCAUGUCUUUUUAAUUGACUUGAAUUGCAUUGUGAGGCAUCAUAAGCCACUACCAGUGUAUGAGUACUAUUCCUAAAGGACAACCCUACAUUUACAUGGUUCCAUAUCUCAGCUUUUAUUUGGAAGGACAGAAGCACACUGAUUAACUUUUAAGCUUUUGCUUUGUAAAUGGACUGAUAUGUCAACGUUUAUGCCUUCAUCAGAAAGAAUCCGUGGACAUUUUGACAGAAGAGGACACAGUAGCAGAUGAUACGAUGUUUCAACAAUAUCCACUGUAAAUUAAUCAUUAUUAAUUAUUAAUAGUCUCCCAAACCAGAUUUAAUGUAUGUUUAGGGUCACUGUCCUACUGGAAAACAAUGCUGUCUAACACUCUGCCCUCUGGCUCAUAGUUUGAUGUUGCACUGAAGAAAUUUGAGGUCAUCUUACUCUGCAGUGCACCAGUUCCACUGGCCGCCCCAGAUACACUGUACAAUCUUUUUGUGGUUGACUGGCUCAGUAUCUCCCCUCUAAACACUACUAUGGUUAUUGUGGGAGCUGACCACAAAACCUUCCAAAUGUCUUAAAAAACUCCAUCUUGGAACAUUUUAGUUUUCCUGACCUGUUCCAAGUAUUUUGUGUCUUCCCACUAAAAUGAAUGUGGUUCAAGCUAAUAAGAGCAGCCAAACUGGCUCUUUUUGCACAGACACAGUUAAGUUUCUAGCAACAAGAUGUUGACAUUUUAGACUUUUCUACAUUUACCAAUAAAAAAAAAAGCUCAAUGUAUGAGUUUUUAAUCCAGCAGAUCUUCCAGAAGACCCACAAAUCAUUUAUGAAGUAACCUAAAUGGUUUAUCUGCUACAGUAAUGAUGUAUGUUUCCCAAAUGUGAUAAAUAAGUUGUAGAAACAACUGAGAAAGGGUUUGAUGUAACAUGUUUUGGGUUUAUUUUUGUACAUUUUUAGUUUGAGGCUCAUUGCUGGUGUAAUAAAUGUUAUUCCAAAGAAA